AGGACCGUUGGGUCAGGCCGGGUUGAGCCGGGCCGGGAGGCAGCGUGGAGCGAUGGCGGGCGCCGAGUCUCAGCAGCGCCGGCUACAGCGGGCGGUCGACACCAUGGUGCAGGGCCUGGAGAAGGAGCAGAUCCGCAAGAUGCAGGGAAGAAUGUUUCGGUGCAGUGCUGACUGCUGCGACAAUGGCAACUCGUCCAUGGAAGAGGUUCAUCAUUGUAUCGAGCGGUGCCACACCCCUCUCGCCAAGGCACAGGCUGCGGUCACCGGAGAGCUGGAGAGGUUCCAGAACCGUCUGCAGAGGUGCAUGAUGGACUGCAACGACAGGGCAAAGGAUGCCUUUGAUUCAGGAGCGAAAGAGCAGGACGUCAAGCAGAAGGCAGAAUUCUGUGUCACUAAAUGUGUGGAUGAUCAUUCAGUGUUGAUCCCAAGCAUGACCAAGGGUCUGAAGGAUUCGUUAAGAUCGAUAGCAAAGUAAAGCCAUGCCUUGCCCCUGAAGCAUAAUUUUCGGUUAAGGAGCAGUUGCUGCACCGAAGCAGGACCGUCGCAAUGAACCAAAUAUUCCAGUGCAGCCCACUCAAGUGACUAGAGACUACAGCUCACACACAGCUGUGGACCCUAGGCUUCAGAGCAAAGGCAGGGUGGCCUCAGCUGCUGCUGCAGGCCGGUGGCAAAGAUGAACAGUUGUCCAGGAACAGGAAGCACAGCUAGGGUGGGGUUACGACCUCUCGGCAGAGUCCGCACUACAUUUCACAACGCACAUGCUGUACAGUGAAAAUCAUUCUGGGGCGGUAGACUAAAAUUUAAUUGCUAUAAUUUCAUCUAGACACUGACUCUUGCUGAGGUAGCACAGUCACGUACUAGACUAUCCACUGAGUUACUCCAGCUUUUUGUGUCUAUGUUCUGUUACCAAUGCCUGGUCACUUUGUCACCUAAUGUUGGGUGGUGAGCAGAAUCUGCAGCCUGAGAUACUUCCCUCUUUCCCAUGUCCCCUUUCCUAUUUUCCCAUCCGCUGCCUGCUUUUUCCUCUACCUUUUCACCCUCCACUAGCAGAAUUGGCUGAUUCCUCUCUCUCUCUUUCUUCCUCUCCACUCUUCUCACCCCCUGUCUCCAAAUCGAUGGGGCUGGCUAAGAGUGACUAGUUGCUCCAAAGUCAAUCUGUGUGCUGCUGUGCCCCUGCAGUCUCUGUCGCCACCCAUGAGGGUAAGGGUGGGAGCAGACUCGUGAAGCAGAUGAUAUUUUCACUGUCACCCUGUUAAUUUGUGCUGUGGCUUUGAUGAUCAUAAUGUUAUUCAAUAACUUUUUUUGCUGUUGUAAAUGUGCCUGUGACAUUUUUCAUCUGUUAACUAAACCAGUCUAGUUUGCAAAUGGCAGUACAUAUUGAAAUUGUUUUGUCACCAUCUUUGCUUUAUAGAGUAUAAGUGAAAGCUGCCACAGCAUUUUGCGUUCUGUAAAGACCCUGAACCAGGUUGAAGUUAAAGGUUGUAGCAAGGGUGCAUUAAGUAGAGAGAUCAACAACCUUAAACUCAGCUGCAUUGUGGAAAUAUAAAGACUACUGAUCUCUACCAUCAAGAGAAGUUACUUCCAGAAUCGCCUAGGUCAGAGAGUGACCCCACCAAAGUCAUUGCCUCAGUAUGAUAUGUGACUGAACACAAACUUGGCACUGCACCUGCCCCCCUAACAGGGCAAGGAUGUUAGCUAAAGGUUAACAAUAAUGGAGUCAGACAAGAAAAUAUACUUAUAAUACAAUAGAGAAUGCUGGAAAAACUUGGCAAGUCAUGCAGGCAUCUGUGGAGGGAGAAGCAAAGUUAAUUUUCAAUGUAGCUUUAGGAAUUUGUGUAAUAGCCUGGACAAACGUAUCAGCUGCAUUUACAAAAAAUUAACAAAAGAACUUGACAGCAGUUCUGAUAACUAUGAACAGUGCUUUUCAUAAAUAACUGACGUUAAUAAAGUGGCGUUAAAUGCACAAUAACCUAUGCCUCUCAGGCACACAUCAGUUAUUUCCUGAGCGGAGUGUACACAGGAAGUGUGGUAAAUACAAGGCCUGAUUGAAGAAUGUCAUGUAAAUGCUGCCACACCAAUAAUAUGUGUGGUAUAAGGUAUUGUACACUAUAGUAGACAGGAAAUGGCACUGCAUUUUACAAGAUAUUAAUAAACGCCUCUCUCUGUCGUGUUCUUGGACCAGUCCUUCCCCCAGCCUGAGCUGCACAGUUUGUCUCCAGCAGUCGCACCAGCAGAUUCUGCUUGCACCCAAUGUUCUUUGAUUCGUCCAUUCACUGUUUCCUUUUUGGCUCAAACCUAUUUCAAUGAAGGUUAAUGAGGAGCAGACUGGUAAGAGGUAGCAGGAAAGAUGCCAAGCAUCGAGCAGUAUUACAGGAGUGUCUUCCCUUUUUCCUGUGCCUUGAAGCAUCAUCGCAGCUAGAGCUGCAGAUGGGUGUGGGGUGGAGACACUCGAGGUUUAGAAUUCCCCCUCCCAAGAUUUCUAUCCCAGGAUUAUUAUUUAUCCAUGCAGUAAAACUCGGAUAAUCUUGUGUGUUUAUAACUCUGGUGUUGGAUUGGCAGAUUCUCAGGAAUACCAAAUGUUUAAGAAGGAACUGCAGACGCUGGAAAAUCGAAGGUAGACAAAAAUGCUGGAGAAACUCAGCGGGUGAGGCAGCAUCUAUGGAGUGAAGGAAGGCCACAUUUCGGGUCGAGACCCUUCUUCAGACUGAUGGUCUCGGCACGAAACGUCGCCUAUUUCCUUCGCUCCAUAGAUGCUGCCUCACCCACUGAGUUUCUCCAGCAUUUUUGUCGACCUCAGAAAUAUUAAUGUUAUUUCUAUUAAUAAUCCAACACAAAAAGUUCUAGGUCGUAAUGUGUUGAGAGGGAGUGCAGCCAAUUCACCUACAGAGUAAAGUGUUAAACCAAGGUGACUUCCAACUGAAGACUUCCAAUUGAUUGGUAUGGAUGUCGGGGGUAAUGAAGAGAAGGCAGGAGAAUGGGGUUGAAAGGGAAAGAUAGAUCAGCCAUGAUUGAAUGGCGGGGUAGACGAUGGGCCGAAUGGCCUGAUUCUGCUCCUAUAACCUAUUAAGAUGAGUUCCGAACCGAAACGUCACCCAUCCUUUUUCUCCAGAGAUGCUGCCUGACCUGCUGAGUUACUCUAGCACUUUAUGUCUAUCUUCCAACUAUUUGGUUCAUGCAUUAUCUGAGUUUUACUGUAACUUGCCUCAAAUUGAAGUUCUGUUGUUGAAUCUCAGUAAGAAUGUUUUGAAUAUUUCCCACAUGUAGGCACAGCGUGACUGGAUAAAAUGUAAGUGCUCUGAUAGUGUCAUUGAUUGAUUGAACUGUUGGAUCUGCUGCUGUCCAAACCUCAGUCUUUGGUUUGCUGUUCUACCCCACCACCCAAAAUAAAAGCACCAAUUGGACAUUUAGGAUGGAGGAGUUCAUUUUAGAAUCUGCUGUGCUAUUCUGAAAGAAUUAUGAUCCUUCUACAAUUUAUAUCUUGAAUCAUGGAAAAGCUAAAUCAGUUGUUAAUUUUGCUUUGCUCAAGGGCUGUUGUAUGAGUGGGUGUGGUGGUCCUAACUUGGGUGACAGCACUGCCUGUUGCCACCGUUGAACCACAUUAUGUCUGGUCCUACCACCUCUAAACAAGCCUCUCGGUGGUUACAGGCCAGUUUAAUAAACCAUGCAAAAUACAAAGUGCUGUGGGUCAGGCAGCAUCUGUGGAUGGAAUGGGUAGGUCAGAAUUAUUUUCAGACUUUUACAGAUCAGCAUGAAGAAGGGUCCUGACCCAAACAUUAAUCUGUCCAUUCCCUGCACAUAUGCUGCCUGACCUGCAGAAUUCCUCCAGCAGUUUGAUUGUUUUUGCUCAAGGUUCCAGCAUUGGAGUCUUUUGUGUCUCCAUUUAAAAACGACAUUGCUUUUGACUGAAUUUAUGUGAUAAGAAAGUAAACUUGAGAGAUGUACUGUGAAACCUUCAUGCAGCUUUUUGUUCUGUUUAGAGUUGAUUUAACUGUGAAGUUUCCUGAACAGGUGUGUGUAUAAUAUCAAAUUAAAGAAAUUUAACAAUCC